CAACAACUACACCUUCCACAGUGUCCCUUAAGUGCCACCUAUCAGUGCCAGUCAGUGCCGCCUAUCAGUGCCUGUCAAUGCCGCCUAACAGUGCCAGUCAGUGCCGCGUAACGGUGUCAGUGCUCACUAAUGCCACCUGCCAGUGCCCAUCAGUGCCACAUCAAUGCCACAUAUCAGUGCCUACCAGUACACAUCAAUGCCACAUAUCAGUGCCCAUCUGAGCUACCUUUCAGUGUCACCCAUCAGUGCCAGUCAGUGCCACCUAUCAAUGCCAAUCAGUGCCACCUAUCAGUGCUGCCAAUCAGUGCCACCUAUCAGUGCCAGUUAGUGGCGCCUAUCAGUGCACAUCAGUGCCACCUAUCAGUGCCUGUCAGUGCCGCCUAACAGUG